CUCGCGAAGUGCUGACUCCUAGUAGUCGACAUGGACAAGUGGAGAGGCAAGGUCGCGCUAGUGACAGGGGCUAGCAGCGGUAUUGGUGCCGCGGUAGCCAGGGCCCUCGUCCACCACGGGAUGGUAGUGGUAGGGCUGGCCAGGCGGUUGGAGCGAGUACAGGAUAUUGCAAAAGACAUAGUCGAGGCCAAGGAACCAGGAAAGCUCAUAGCUAUUAAAGCCGAUAUGCGGAAGGAAGAAGACAUAUUGAAAGCUUUCUCGUGGGCGGAAGACCAACUGGGUGGAGUAGACGUCUUGGUGAACAAUGCUGGAGUCUUCCACACUAGUUACUUGUCAGAGGGCAAGACGGAGGAUUGGCGUGACAUGUUGGAGGUUAACGUGUUGGCUGUCUGUAUAUGCACGCGGGAGUACCUCAAAUCUAUGGAGAGAAGAAACAAUCAGCAAGGCCAUAUUGUCAUUAUAAGCAGUAUAGCAGCGCAUAUAGCAGAGUACCCUAAGAUAAACAUGUACUGCAGCACCAAGCACGCGGUCCAUGCCAUCGGUUCUUGCCUCAGAAGAGAACUGGCUGAAAAGAAAAGCAACAUUAAAGUCACGGAAAUCAGUCCAGGCCCAGUUGCCACCGAGAUAUUUGAAGGCACGGACUUCUUGGAAGCUUCAAAGUCACUCCCAAUACUGGAAAGUGAAGAUGUCGCUGCAUCUGUGGUCCACGCUCUGUCUGCACCGCCAGUUGCUCAGAUCUGCGACAUCGUUUUGAACAACGUUCCAACUCUUUUUGCAUUUUAUUAAUUUUUGAACUACAUAAAUUCUUAAUUUUUGUUUGCACUCUAUAUUGCUGAAGUUUUAUAUCACAAACUUGGAACUUCAUUGUCAUGUAAAUGUAUUAUUGUAUGAUCAAUAAUAAUAAAAUAAAUACCAAAUGAA